AUGACAAGGCUUUCCUAUGUUUUCACGCUCGCUGUCGUGAUUCUACUAUCUUGGCCCAAUGCUGCUCUUGGCUCUAGCGCGCCACCGAGGCCGCUGAAACGACUCGCUCAUCCAGAGACUCUGGCGCUCGAGAUAUUCCCCCGACGCCCUGUUAUCCAAGACACACUUAUACGCAGAGCUAUCCCCCUUCCCAGAUCAACAACCCUGCGACACGACGACUCGUUCAGACUCACAGUCUCAGCCUUCAACGAAACCUACCACCUACACCUUCGACCAAACGAACAUCUAAUACAUCCUGCUGCUAGGAUCCACUACUACACUACGACCUCUGAUGGACGAUCAGUUCUCUCGCACACUGUCCCGCUGACGAAGGAGUCAGUCAGGGCGUACUUGGGUGAGGUUCUCCAUACAAGCGUGUCACCAGCACGGAUGCGGGAGGAUGCUGCCAACGUUGCCCAUUCAACGCUUCCAACUCUGGGCUGGGCGCGAAUCGUAGUCCACCAUCAAGGCGACGUAGUCAAGGGCCUCGCGCCCAUCUUCGAGGGCGCCUUCUCUGUCAAAGGCGAUGUCUACCACAUUAUGACCAAGGACAACUACCUGCGCACGAAACACCAGCUGGACCCACAGAUCGUCCAUGAAAUUGAUGGGUAUGAAGUGGAUUCAUCGCUCGUCAUCUGGAGGGACUCAGACGCUAUGACGCCUCAAGAGGAGAAACUAGUCGCAUCAGGAGUCAAAUUAAGCGCAGGUAAGCUGGGGCUCGACGAUGGCUCCCGCCAGGCGAGGCCGCAGAGCUGCGCCCACGAUUCGCUGCCUUACAAUGCGGACAUGAUGGGUACCUUCGGUCAGAAGCCCCUCACCUCCCCCUCGUGGUAUGAGACGCUGGGAUUCGGCCUCGGCGACGACCUUGCGCGGCGAGACGACGUUGUUGGGAGUGGCAUGGAUUCCAACUUCGUCAACUCCAUUGGCGACACUUCGAGUUGCCCCAAGUCCCAGCGCUUGCUGUACAUGGGCGUAGCAUCUGAUUGCAAGUUCACCGCGCAAUACGGCUCGAAAGAGAAUGCUACUACCAGGAUCCUGACGGAUUGGAACACUGCUAGCUCACUGUACAAGUCAUCUUUCAAUGUUAGCCUGGGUAUUAUAGAGUUACAGAUCCAGGACUCGACAUGCCCGAGUACCCCCGAUGCUUCCAUGCCUUGGAAUGUCGACUGCAGUACCGUCACCCUUAACGACCGCCUGUCCCUCUUCUCUGCAUGGCGCGGUGCGAAGGGUGAUGACGGCGUCGGCCUCUGGCAUCUGAUGAGCGGCUGCCCCACAGGCACGGAAGUUGGAAUCGCCUGGUUAGCCACAUUGUGUCAGCAAACGUCCUCGGGACAAGCGCCUUCGGUUGUAUCAGGCACCGCAGUUUCGACAUCGGGGCGAACAGAGUGGCAAGUCAUCGCACAUGAGAUCGGUCAUAAUUUCGGCGCGAUUCACGAUUGCGCGGAUGGCUGCAGCGGAACGCAAAAUUGUUGCCCGCUCAGCGCAAGCUCUUGUAAUGCCGACGCGAGAUUUAUCAUGAGCCCUGUUGCCCAAGCCGGGGAAACCAAUUUCUCUCCCUGCAGUCUUGGGAACAUAUGUUCCCUCAUGUCGGGCACAGGCAGCGGCCGGACGAACACAUCGUGUCUGAUCGAUCCCUCCCAAUCUACACGGUCAACAAUCUCUCUGCAGAUGUGUGGCAAUGGCAUCGUCGAGAACGGCGAAGACUGUGAUCCUGGCCAAGGCAUCAACUCCCCAUGCUGCGACUCCGCGACCUGCAAAUUCAGAUCAGGUGCCGUGUGUGAUCCCGACAGCAGCCCAUGUUGCACCCAGCAAUGCUCGUUCGCGCCGACAACUCAAGUAUGUCGCGCAGCGAAGGAUGGGCGAUGUGAUACGCAGGAAACCUGCACAGGCAAUUCGUCGUCCUGUCCCGCAGAUCAGUUCGCGCCCAACGGUCAGAGCUGUGGCUCUAACGAUCUGAGAUGUGCUAGCGGCCUUUGCACGUCUGUCGCCCUGCAAUGCCAAACGAUUGGGGCGUCUAUGAACCUUCGGGAGGCUUGCCCGAACAGAGGCGACGAAUCAUGUCGUGUUUCAUGCAAGAAUCCUUCCCAGAGCAACUCGUGUGUGCUGCUGCAAGCGAUGCUUGUAGAUGGCUCGCCUUGUGGGUACGGCGGCACAUGCCAGACCGGGCGCUGCCAGGCUGGAAGUUUCAUCGAAAAAGCCAAGGCAUGGUACACCCAGAACCUGCAAAUCUCCAUACCAGUAACUGUCGCCGCCGGUAUUCUCGCCCUGCUCCUCCUUUGGGCUCUGAUCAUGGCUGUGAAACGGUGCUGCGUUGGAGGCCGCGGCCGCUCAUCUACGAUGACUCCUGUGAUCGUGGAUCCUGCGCUCGCCCGGAUACGCCAUCAACGCUUAGAUAGUGUCGACCGAAGCGAUCCCUUAGCCGGUCUUCGCAGACCUAGCGGCCCACCCAUGAGGACGCCGCCUGGCAUGCCGGGCGCUGUGCCAGCGGCCUUGAGACCUGGUUCGAUGGUCGCUCAUCAACGCAGUCCGUACCAGGGCGGAAGCACUGAUUACACUGCACCAUCCUACAACAACAAUUACGGUCCCCCGAACUGGGUUGAUGAUAGGUUGUACAAUGGUUCCCGGCCAUAG